UUUAGUUGCAGACGAGAUAGUUUUUAACUCUUGCUUCAAUCAAGAAUCUUUCCUGCACGCCCUAUCGACCUAUUUCACUAUAAUGCCGAAGCCCAGACCAAAAGAUCUGGAAUCGAAAAUCCGUCCCAAGUGCAGAGUUUUGUAUUAUCCGUUAACUAGUAUGGCUCUAAAUGAAAGAUUGAACGGUUUACUCGAAGGAGAUGAAUGGAACAAUUUGUCCGAGAGCCAAUGUACGUCUCUGAGCAAAAACAAGGAUUCUUCUGAUGUCUUGGAUGAUUUGACACCAUUGCAUAUUGUUUGGCCUCAUAGAUGGGAGCAUGACAAGAAUCCAGAAGAGUUUUUUGAAGUACUAUACUGCUUAAAAGAACAACAUUCCUUCAGAUUAUCAGUAAUUGGGGAAUCUUAUUCAGAAAUUCCAGAUAUUUUUAGUAAAGCAAAAGUGGCGUUAAAGGAAAAUAUUGAUAAUUGGGGUUACCGGGAGACGAGAGAAGAAUAUCUUCGCGUCUUAGCAAGUGCCGAUGUAGUAGUGUCUACGGCAAAACAGGAGUUUUUUGGAGUGGCAAUGUUAGAAGCCAUUCAACACAGAUGUUAUCCUCUCUGUCCCAAUAGACUGGUGUAUCCAGAGAUUUAUCCUGAGGAAUACCUGUACAAUACUUCAAAUCAACUUCUCAAGAAACUCAAGAGAUUUUGCAAACAUCCAAAUCUCAUCAGAAAUCAUGUUUUGCAGAUUGACGUCGAAAAGUUCCAGUGGAAUAAACUGAAACCCUUCUAUAGAGACCUGUUAAGAGUAAGCUAGGGUAUCAAAAUACCGAUAAGAACGGCAAGGAAUUUAAUCAUUUUAUUGUCAUCUACACGAAAUAAGUUACAGUUCUUACCUGUUUUCAUCUGUAUAUAAUAUAUUAAAUCUGUGUAUACGUUAUUUUAAAUUUACAAGACAGGAUAACUUAUUGUCAUAAUUUAAUGUAUCAUUUUACACUUUGAUAUAUAAUGUCUUACCUCUCUCUGAUAGAUAUAUAUAUAUAUAAUU